AUGUUUGCUCAGUACCAAUCCGAGUUUCAACCAAAACACACUAGGACAACCUUGUCAUCGCUCUCUUCAGUGUCGUCGUCGAAUUCAAUCGUUGAUUUUAACACAGGAGACUUAUUACCAGAUCUUUGGCAGACAUCAUCCAACGAGUCAAGUGUAUCAGACGGCCUAGACUAUAUAAAUGCUUUAGCAUUCUCUAAACGACAACAACAACCUUCGCCUCACCACUUUAGCUCUUUCCAUGCAAAAGUGCAAACUCAGCCACAGAUCUCACCUUUUGAUGACACCCGCUAUAUCACCCAACCUACUUUGCUUCCUGAAGUGCACCCAUUAUGUCAAAACUACACCCAACUGCCGGUACAGAGGGCGUCACAGUUGUGGCAACAGGGACCUCAGUCAACCGUGAACACCCACACACCAUGGAGCACACAGUCCACGGCAAAUACUCUUUACCUUGAUGAGCCAUACGACAUCCCACAACAGAUGUAUUUACUAGACGAAGAAAUCCCAUGCAACAUCUCAAAAGAAACUACAGCAAUCGUCAAGACACUGUCACCACCACCACCAUCAGCGGCCCCAUCACAUCCGGAAAGUCCUCGCCAACAGGCUAAAUCAAAAACAGUAAAUACCCAAUUGUACAAAACAGAGUUGUGUGGACCAUUCAUGAAGACGGGCACCUGCCCUUACGGCGUCAAGUGUCAAUUUGCCCACGGAGAAGCAGAAUUGAAGCAUAUUGAACGACCACCGAAGUGGAGAUCAAAGCCUUGCGCCAAUUGGGCAAAGUAUGGAAGCUGCAGCUCUACACUAAUCAACAAACAUCGCUCAUUUUGUAUGCUGGAAAUCGUCGAAUGGGAGCAAUUGAGGCCUGAUUUUGAAAAAGGUGUCAAAAGUUCAUCUUUAAAGAUCAGGCUCGGAACGUUGAAAUCGAUCGAACUGAAUCUAGAUGAUAUUGAAAAAGCAGAAUUGCAAAUAGUAGCAAAGGUAUUGCUCAACACGUACAACUUUUACCAAGAUACCGAUUCAAGAAAUGCUGUUUUAGAGGCAUUGCUUAGGAUUGGGAAUGUAGACGACAAAUUUUUAUCAUACUAUGUCGAAUUUAUCAACAAGGAGACAUCGGGAACUACAUUGGCCAUCACGGACUACUUAACCUUGCUUCAGUGGAUAAACUCGUUCAAUAUAGAGUUGGCCAGAGCAAAGAAGCUAACUGAUAAUUGUAUGACCCUUCAAUCAAAGCUCUUUGUCAAGUGUACCGAGCACAAAGGCAAGUCGACUCGACAUUUGGAGAGGGUUGCAAAAUCAGCUAUAACGGCCACGAAAACGAGCAUUGCCAAUACAUUGCUCGAAGAUGAUACAUACAUGGACCUUGUAAUCAGCCAAGACUGUUUUGCUUUAUUCGGUGUGUUGAAUACAGCAGCAAUCGAGCUCAUACCAAAGAAACCUUCGGUACUUGAAAAAUUCAAGAGCCACGAAACAAAAGUUUUAAACACAUUUGCCAACUUGGUGUUACUAGGAAAGAAAGCUCCGUCAGCGUUUGAGGUGGAGCAGUUUGGUCCAUGCAUAGAGACGUUGGUCAAUGAAGAAAAUUUCAAUACACUUUUGCUUCCAGCAAUCGAAAAGGCAAUCCUCAGGUCUUCGGAGAAUUCGUUUGGCGUAGUACUUCCGAUAUUUUUUAAACACUUGCAAAUUAAAAUCACUCCAUCGCCAAAGUUGCAAUCAUCAAUCAUUUCCGGGAUCAAGUCCCAGAAAGAACACGUCAGGGUUGGUGCUUUUGAAACUUUAGAUUUGGUGGUUGCAAAAUCAAAAGACGACAUUUCGGAUGAGAUUAUCAAAAACAUCAAAACCACAACCAACGCCGACUCGAAAUCGCUUUUAAUCAAAACUCUCCUCAAGUCGACUGCUUCAGAGAAAGUGUUGGAGUCUGUACUUCCCCUAGUUGCAAAGGAGCAGAAUGAAACUUCGCUAAGCAGUCUAGUAGAUGUUUUUGCUUACCAUGCCUUCAGAGCACACAAAUUUGAUGAAAGCAUCACCAAAGCAUUUACCAAUGGUUUUAAAUCGAAAUUCAAGCGGGUGUGGUUUGUCGAAUAUGGGAAACAUGCCCUCGGUAAAGAACAACCAGACUUUUCAUCCACAUUUGAUGAGACAUUAUCGGAAAUUGAAAAGUCGCCAGCGGCCAACAUCAAGACCGUAGCUUGUGCAUUUGUGAUCUUGUCACUCACCCAUAGAGACUCGCCUUUGCUUGAUGAGACUAAAUUAUUUGAGAAAUUAGACACUACUGACUUAUACUGGUUUGUGCAAGACUUGUACAACCAUCCAAAGGGCUGGCUAUACGUGUUGACAGGUAAAAAGGUUUCAUAUAGUGUCAAGAAAGUGGCCCAAGAACGCUUCAGAGAAGAAGUUGAAGUUAAUUUGUCGUUAAGUGACGCUAUAAUCAAGGAAGCUUACACAUUAAACCAUGAGUCGCAUAAUUUGAGAGAUCUCAACCCCAUAUUUGCCAUAUUAUCUCAAUUAAAGGAGAUAGACCAGGUAAAAUCAAACGCAGUCAAGUUGAUUAUUGCUGCAAAUGACCCAAGGGUUAGCAUAAACGGCGGUUGGAUUGGCUUAGUUCAAAGAAGUGGACACAGGAUUGAUAUCGGACAGUUGGUCAAGGACAACUAUCAACAAAUUUUCAACGAAUGUGUUGCUGACCAAUCACCAAAUUCUAUAAAAGCACUUGCCACUAUUGCAUUUGUUCAACCAGACUUGGUAUCUACAAUCACCAAGUUUAUUGACGAAAACUUAACCGUUGAGCAUAUAGACGAGGUGUCGAAAUCCAUAUACUACGGAAAGGAUGGUGAAAUGGUGAUUGACGUCACUGCCAAAAAGCCAAAAGCUUUGGACAAGAACACCAAGGAUUACGAAAUUAGAGCUUGGGAAGAGUCCAUUGGCAAAGAGUUGAAGCAGGCAAAGAAACUAACCCCUGAAGAGAAGAAACUCGUUGCUGAGCAAAUUGCCAAGGAAUCAAGAGUCAGAAAUGAAAUCAAGAAUACAGUUGACAAGGUGAACUACGCUAUCGGGUUGAUUGACGAGUUAGCUAAGCAAGCCAAGGUGGUCAACAAUGGAGCCGACUCUUGGUUCCCCAUUAGCGUAAAGAAGUUGCUAGACUUGGCAAUCAGUGAAGGCGAUUUUUUCAACAGUGCAGAAUCAUUUAUAAACCUCUCCAGCUUGGUCACGUCACGAUUUGAAAUUUUAAAACAAUUUGUCGGGGUUGCCAUUUUGCGAUUAUACGGAGUCAAGGUUGACAGUGAAUACGAACAAGAACCAUUGGAGUCACUACUUGGACGUAUUUUGUACCGUGUCAAGAUCUUGAGUGACCAAAAUCCAUUGGAUGCCGUAUCCUUAGCGUAUGUGCUUCCAUUGUUAAUCAAGGUGUUGCAGAUUGGACAAUCAGCUGCUUUCAAAAAUUCAAAGAAGAUCGCGGUAACCUCCGAGUUUGUUGAGAAUGAUCCCGAGGAGGAGCAUUUGCUCUUGAGUGUCGAGAUUAUCUCGGCCCAUGCGGAAUUGUUUGCCGAUGUGGGUAUUCCUAGAACAAGCAUAUUGGAAAUUUUGGUAUCGCUUAUGGCCGUGCCAUCCAAGGCAAAGUUGGUCAAAGAGUGUUUCCUUUCGUUGUGUCAGUACAUUGCAGUCAAUAUCUCUGACAAAGAUUUGCAAUUGUUGUUGGCCAAUGUUGUAUCGCCACAUGUGUUUGUUAGAUCCACCAUUCUAGAGGGGCUAGAUGCUGAAUUCGAAUUGAGUGCUUACUCAAAGGAGGUGUAUGUGGCCACCUAUGACACCGAUAACAACUGUCGAGAAUUGGCGCAGACAAUUUGGGAAGACAAUUCGUUGAAUGUACCUGAUAGCACCAACUUGCUUGAUUUGUUUGGAUUGCAAGAUCCAGGGUUGCGCAUGUCAGUAGCACAAGCUUACAGAGACGCGUCAAUACAAAGUCACCUCAAUUUAGACGAGUUGUUUAACUUUUACAUUGAAAAGAAGAACCCACCAGCACCAAAAUUGGACGAGUUUGGUCUCGUCAUAAAAUCAACUAUUGAUCAAAGAGACCGAUGGGAGGAGAGGUCGACAAUAGCUCUCGCUUUGAAAUUCCUUGUGCCACACUUGUCGGAAUCCGAUGUCGAGAAGCUUUUCAAGUUCCUUGUUGAAGAGGCGUUAGGUGAUAAGGACCAAAAUGUGCGUCAACAAUACCAAGAUGCCGGUAUUGCUGCAAUCGAAACCCACGGAGCCAAGAAUGUUGAAGCGUUGAUUGGAAUCUUUGAGGAAAGCUUGCAGGCAAAGAAUAUAAAGGAGCCUAUUGUUGUUUUGUAUGGAACAUUGGCACGUCACUUGAAAGCGUCAGACGAGCGUUUGAGGGUGAUUUUUGAUCGAUUGAUGAAGUCGUUGGAUGCGCCAAAUGUACAAUUUGCCGUGUCCGAAUGUAUUGCUCCCUUGGUUCCUUCGUUUAAGGACGAGCUUGGAGGACACUUUGACACCUUAUUUAAUACGUUGUUCACCGGCAAAACUCUCGCCAAGCGUCGUGGUGCUGCAUUUGGAAUUGCUGGUCUAGUAAAAGGUGAUGGGGUACGAGCACUCUCUGACUACGACGUCAUCAGAACCUUGACUGAUGCUUCUGACGACAAGAAAGAUGCCGUCAAGAGGGAAAGCGUUUCGCUAGUGUUUGAAAGUUUAUCAAAGAGUUUGGGUAAGUUCUUUGAACCCUUUGUGUUUGAGAUUUUGCCAAUAAUUUUGAAAAACCUUGGUGAUAUGCUGAGUGAGGUUAGGGUUGCCACCGACAAUGCAGCAAAGGAGAUUAUGAAAAACACUACAUCUUUUGGGGUCAAGAAACUUAUCCCCUUGGCCAUUUCCAAUCUUGAUGAAAUUGCAUGGAGAUCGAAAAAGGGUUCAGUUGAGUUGCUUGGUGCUAUGGCUUAUCUUGACCCCGAGCAAUUAUCAGCUUCAUUGUCUAUCAUCAUUCCUGAGAUUGUUGGUGUAUUGAAUGACACGCACAAGGAGGUGAGGAAAGCGGCCGAGCAAUCACUUAAAAGGUUUGGUGAAGUUAUCAGAAAUCCUGAAAUUCAACAAAUUGUUCCUUUCUUGAUUAACGCUAUUGGGGACCCAACUAAACACUUGGACGAAGCAUUGGAUAAAUUGACCAAGACUCAAUUUGUACACUACAUUGACAGUUCAUCAUUGGCUUUGAUUAUUCAUGUCAUACAUCGUGCAAUGAAGGACAGAUCAGCCUCGACCAAGAAGAAAGCAUGUCAAAUUGUGGGAAAUAUGGCCAUCUUGGUUGACUCAAAAGACUUGCAACCAUACUUGAACGAAUUGGUCGAAGAGUUGGAGACCGCCAUGGUUGACCCGGUGCCUGCUACUAGAUCAACCGCAGCCAGAGCCUUGGGUUCAUUAGUGGAAAAACUAGGCGAAGAGCAAUUCCCAGGAUUGAUUCCGAAAUUGAUUGCCACUUUACAAGACGAAUCAAAGGCGGGAGACCGUCUUGGUUCUGCCCAAGCAUUAUCAGAGGUUAUAUGCGGUCUUGGUACCAACAAAUUGGAAGAGCUUUUACCUUCUAUUAUCUCGUCGGCAUCGUCCCCUCGCGCGGCAGCCAGGGCUGGGUUCAUGCCACUCUUGCUUUUCUUGCCCGUUUGUUUUGGGUCACAAUUUUCACCUUACUUGAACCGUAUCAUUCCUCCAAUCUUGAAUGGAUUGGCUGAUCAGGACGAAGAGAUUAGAGAGACGGCAUUGAGGGCUGGUAGAUUGAUUGUAAAGAACUACGCCAAAAAGGCAGUUGAUUUAUUGUUGCCCGAAUUGGAAGCAGGGUUAUCCAACGAAUCGUACCGUAUUCGUCUUUCUUCAUUGGAACUUACCGGAGAUUUAUUAUUCCAAAUUACUGGGCUUUCUGGUAAAAACGAACUUAUUGAAGAUCAAAUGGUUAACAAAACACUUGCCCAAGUCUUGGGCCAAGAGCGUCGCGACCGUAUAUUGGCUUCCCUCUUUGUUUGUCGUUCUGAUGUUGCAGGUAUGGUUAGAAAUGCUAGUGCCGAUAUUUGGAAAGCGCUUGUUGCCAACACUCCACGGACAGUCAAGGAGAUAUUACCAACUUUGACCGCCUUGAUUGUACAAAAGUUGGCAUCGGAUGAUGAAACACAAAGAACCAUUGCCGCACAUACUUUGGGUGACAUGGUGCGUCGUGUUGGUGCAAAUGCAUUGCCGCAAUUGUUGCCGUCAUUGAAAGAUGCCAAGGAUCAAGAAGGUGCUUGUAUCGCAUUAACCGAGUUGAUUAAGUCUACCUCAUUGGAAGGUCUCACAACUUAUAAAGACACAUUCAUUGGCAUCAUUUACAACGGCCUUGUUACUCAAGACAAGCCCACUAGAAAUGCCGCUGCCCAAGCAUUUGAGCAAUUGUACGAACAAAUUGGUAAAGUGGUUAUUGAUGAAGUAAUCCCACAAUUGUUGUCAGAAUUGAGCAACUCGUCAGCAUCAUUAUUGGCGUUGAAGGAGUUGAUGGCUUCGAAAUCGGAAAUCAUUUUCCCCAUUACAUUGCCUUCCUUGUUGGAGCCACCCGUGGACGCAGUUGCAUUGGCAUCGUUGGCCUCAGUUGCAGGCACAGCGUUGUACAAGAGAUUAUCAACUAUUUUAAACACUUUGAUUGCAUCAAUCAUCGCGGGUGAAGAGAUUUCAGAAGAGUUUAAUCAAGUGUUGUUAUCAGUGGAGGACGAUGGUGCCCAUUUGUUGAUGCAGCAAUUGUUGGCAUUAAUGAAGCACGAAGAUCCCCAAGUUAGACAAGUCAUUUUUGGCCAAACCAAGGGCUUUUUCGAACAAGCUACAUUGGACUACUCAAUGUACCUUGAAGACAUUGUUUAUCAAAUGAUUCUUUCAUUGGCUGAUCCUUCACCUCAAGUUGUCAAGACAUCAAUGGAGUCACUCACGGUCUUGAUCAAGAAACAGCCAAAGGAAUUGUUGGACAAAUUAGUCAAGCCUUCAUACCAAGCGCUCAGACUCACCGGUGUUGCCGUCCCGGCAUUUGCAUUGCCCAAGGGCCCCAACUCGAUCCUCCCCGUGUUUUUGCAUGGACUCAUGUAUGGAUCAUCUGAUCAACGAGAAUUAUCGGCAUUGGCAAUUGCCGAUAUAAUUGAAAAGACACCGGCCGAAAACUUGCGCACCUUGGCCACCAACUUGACCGGUCCUUUGAUUAGGGUUAUUGGUGAAAAAGUGGCGUCAAAUAUCAAAUCGGCCAUCCUUGUCGCUUUGAACAACUUGUUGAUCAAGAUUCCGCAAUUCUUGCGACCAUUUAUCCCGCAAUUGCAAAGAACUUUUGUGCGUUCAUUGAGUGAUGUGUCAAAUGAUACCUUGAGAAAGCGUGCUGUUGUUGCUUUAUCCACAUUGAUCAAGCACCAACCUCGAGUCGACUCAUUAAUUACUGAAUUGGUGACAAACUCCAAGGCCACUGAUGAUUCUGGAGUCAAGGCAUCGAUGUUGCAAGGAAUGUUGGCGGUGGUUGAAUUAAAGGGUAAAGAGUUGAAUGAAGCAUCAAAGUCAAGUUUGUUGUCGGUUGUUGAAGAAGAGAGUAUUGAUUCUGUUUCAUCUGCCAAGUUAUUGGGAUCAUUGGCCAAUGUGUUGACACCAGAAGAAACUGGUGUGUUGUUGCAGAAAAAAGUUAUGAAUUCGCAAAGCAAGUUUUCCAUUUUGGCAAUUAACUCCUUUUUGAAAUAUGCUCCCGAAUUGGUGAAACAUAACCAUGAAGUGGUGGAUUUCAUUGCUGCUUGUUCUGAUUCAGCAACUCCAUACAUUAGUGAUAACGCCACAAUCGCCAUUGGUAAAUUGGUCCUUAGUGAUGUCAAUGACGAGAAAUUGUACCAGCAAUUGGCCAAGAAUGCCAUUCAGCCAAACUCGGCAUCACCUGAUACGAGAAGAUUAUCAUUGAUUGUGAUUAGAAGUGCUGCUCAUAAGCGCGUAAUACCACAAGAAUAUCUCGAUUUCCUUGUUCCUAGUGUAUUCAGCUCGGUUCGUGAUCCCAUCGUCCCCAUCAAGUUGGCUGCCGAAAAGGCGUAUUUGGAGAUAUUCUCCAUUGUUGAGCAAGAGUUGACGGUGUUUGAUGGGUGGUUUAAUGGUAGAACCGAGAUUGUUACUGUUACUGGUACCACCAUUGCUCCUCGAUCAAUUGGCGAUUAUACAAAGAGAGUUGCUGUCAGAUUGGCCAACGUUGAAAGAGAGCGUAUUGAACAAGGUGGUGAUGAAGAAACGUUAUUUAGUGAUAGAAUCGAAGAUGAAAAAGAAAUAUGGUCGGUUGGUAUAUAA